CUAUUGCUCCUCUCCCCUAUCCUCGCGUCAUUCCCUCUCAGUGCUGGGUCCUGUCAGUCUGUGUUUGUGGCCAGUGGUUACCGGCUAGUGUCACUCUAAUUAGCCGGUCGACCGGUAGUUUGUUUACAUCUGCUGCAUCCAGCGAUAUAUAUCUGAAAAAUGACGCAUGGGAACACCUCAUACUAUGAGUGGGGGCCACCAGAUGUGUGUCCUCCAGCUCUUAUCCUGCCCAUACUAGACGAGAGGUCCUGGAACCUGACUUUCCGUGCUAUCAUCUAUCUGCUAGCCUUAUUCUACUUCUUCCUGGGUGUUGCCAUUGUCACUGAUGUCUUCAUGUCAUCCAUUGAAGUCAUAACCAGCACCACUCGCAAAGUCUACCUCGCUAAGACCAAGUCCAAGAAGAACCAAGUGGUGUCUACAAUCUCUGGAUCAGAAAAUGGAAAAUCAGACUUGUCAGGGAAUGGUAGCUACAACUCAGUGGGUGGUGUAGUGGCAGGCCUGCGAGAGGAUGAGCCAGAGGUGGUGGAGGUGCGUGUGUGGAACGACACUGUUGCCAACCUCACCCUGAUGGCGUUGGGCACGUCAGCUCCUGAAAUACUGCUAUCAGUGGUGGAAAUCGUAGGUCAUAACUUUGAAUCGGGCGCGCUAGGUCCAGGCACCAUCGUUGGAUCUGCUGCAUACAACUUGCUCAUUAUCACCAGUGUUUGCAUGCUCGCUCUGGAGGUUGGAGAUACCCGGCGCAUUGCGCGGUUCAAGGUAUUUAUCGUGACCGGAUUAUUCAGUUUCUUUGCUUACAUCUGGCUUCUGGUGAUCCUACGUUUUGUGACCCCCAAUGUCGUAGAUCUGUGGGAAGCUUCAGUUACAUUUGCUCUCUUUCCAAUCCUUGUGUUUUUCGCUUAUGCGGCAGACCGUGGCUGGUGUGGACUCAGUGCACUGCGUCCGCGUAACAAACAGCAACUGGAGCUGGGACCUCUGCAAGGUGAACAAAGCCAGAAGAUGUUGUUGGAGCGUAACUUCUUUAAAGAAGGUAAACUGGACAAAGGAAAUUUGGUGGAGUUCGUGAGAGAAGUAAAAAAAUUCCCAGGAGUGAGUGAUGAAGAAGCAGCUGUCUUAGCUGCUGCCAAGUUGGUGAACUCUCAGCCGCACUCAGCUGUCUGGUACCGUAUUGGAGCUGUGCGCCAGCUGACUGGUUCUCGGCGCAUUGAGCCUGUUCUGAACACUCGCCUCAAAGAGGUGUACAGUGCCUUGAAUGAGCACAAAGAGACAAAGGCUGAGCCACCACAGGUUCCAGACACAGACAAGAACGCAGUAGUGGAGUUCCACGCAGCGACAGUCGCAGUCAAGGAGAAGAUCGGAAAGUUUGCUGUCACUAUCUGGCGACAUGGUAACCUCGAGCCUCAAAUUAGAGUCAGAGUCAAGACGAUUGAUGGGACUGCUCGAAGAGGGGAAGACUAUGUGCCCAUUAAUGAGAUUAUCACCUUUGAGCCACAACAACGGGAAAAACAGGUAAUUGUAGAAAUUGUGAAUGACAACAAAUGGGAGCCAAACGAAGAGUUUUUCCUCCGACUGAGUCUUGUUCAUGGAGAAAAUCAAAAUGCAGUACUCGGCCACCUCUCCAUCAUGGAAAUCACCAUAUUGGAUGAUGAUAAUCCUGGAAUUAUUGCAUUUGAGAAACGAGGAAUGCUGGUGAAAGAAAGUGCAGGAUUUGUGCGUGUUCCAAUUAUCCGGUACAAGGGCUCAGACGGAGAGGUUUCUUUCAAGUACAAGACUAUUGAUAGGUCUGCUCUUUCUGGCCGUGACUAUGUGGGUGGCAGUGGCACAAUCACCUUCAAGAAUAUGGAGACCCGACUUUUGCUGGAGAUUCCAAUCAUUAAUGAUUUCGAUCCUGAGAAAGAUGAACACUUUGAGGUGGAGUUGUUUGACCCCACCAAUGGAGCUCGUAUCGGCAAUAUCAACAGAAUGGCUGUUACGAUCGCUAAUGAUGAUGACUUCAACACAGUGAUGGACCGGCUUAUGGUUAUGACGAACACCAAUAUUGACGCUCUGAGGGUCCACACGAAGACAUGGGGUGAGCAGAUUAAGACGGCGAUGAGUGUCAAUGGAGGGGAUCUAGAGAAUGCCACCUGUUGCGACUAUGUCCUCCACUAUUUCUCCUUCUUCUGGAAGGUGUUAUUUGCUCUCCUGCCUCCACCUCAGAUAUUCAGGGGAUGGCUGUGUUUCUUCACUUCCCUGGCAGCCAUUGGCUUCAUGACCGCAAUUAUCGGUGACAUUGCAACGAUCUUUGGCUGCUUGGUUGGCUUAAAUGAUACCAUCACAGCGAUAACCUUGGUGGCUAUGGGAACCUCUUUGCCUGACACAUUCGCGUCACGGUCGGCCGUGCGUGGAUGCAAGGAUGCAGACAGCUGUGUUGGCAACAUCACCGGCAGUAACUCGGUCAACGUGUUUCUGGGUCUGGGACUGCCUUGGUUCAUGGCGGCGGUCUACCACUUCUCUAAGGACUCGGUUUUCCGUGUGGAGGCUGGUCCACUGGGAUUCAGCGUGCUGAUGUACUCUAUCGCUGCUAUUGUUGCUGUCUGCUUGCUGGUGCUGAGACGAAAUCUGGCAGUUUUUGGCAAGGCGGAGAUCGGAGGUCCCUCGUCCACCCGCUAUCUCUCAGUCUUCAUACUAGUCCUCUUGUGGGUCCUGUACAUCACCCUUUCUUGCCUGCAUACUUACGGCAUCAUCACCUUUGACUUCUAAAUUCACUGUGAGUUACGUUCAGAGGGUGAAUGUUGUUAUUGCAGUACUAUCCAUCGUUGCUGUGGUGAUUCCAUAUAAAACAUUAGAUUGGUAACUAUCUCUUCUUGAAGAACUAGUUGUAAACCUAGUUGUAAUGCAAGUACUGUCACAGUGUGACAGUAGGAAAUGGACCUUAUCUUCUUGCUAUAUUUCAUAAGCUUAUAGUGACUUGAUACUUAAUUUGUUCUCAGUUCGUCCACGGUGAGUUAUUUUGUUUUUUUAUGCUUCCAUGAAGCAUUUUCAAUCAUGUUUCGUUGUUCGAUAUGUAUAUGUAUAUAUAUCCAAAUUUGCAAUUAUUAUAAAUUUGAUUUACUAAUUUAUAUUUUAAGCUAUAGUUAUUUCCUUAGGUUUAAUUUCAUUUCAAAGAUGUUUAUGCUUUUCUGUAAAAUGAUCCUAUAGGCAACUGUUUUUUUUUUUUUUAUUUUCAUUAUUUUAAAGCUGAGUGGGUACUGUACAAAACUGGAAGAUCUAAUUUAUUUUUAAAAACUGAUCUUAAUUAACUAUAUAUAUUUUGUUUACCAAAUUAGAGUUAACAUGAAGACUUUUAUCAAACCGUCCAUGAGUACAAAAACAGAGCAUAUAAAAGUGUUCAGUUUUAAUUAAAUUUCAGUCAUAUGUUCCUGUAUUGAAUAAAAAUGCAAUUAUGUCAAAACCUUUAACAUUUUUAAAUAGAACAAGUCCUUCUAGUGAGGUGUGAUGGCAGGAAAAGAGAACCUCCUUUAAUGUGAACCUGUGUAUCUCGCAUUGAAAAUAAGUAUCAGUGCCUAUCCACCAUGUGCCUAAAAGAGUGAAAACAUUUUUAUCCUGAUUUAUCAUAGUUAUUUAGUGAAUAUUCAACCUAUAUAUGGCUAUUUUAUGUGUGUUGCACAAAUAAUUACUUUUAUAUUUUUAUUAAAUAAUAAAUGAAUCAAUUUAUCUAAGUUUUGAGAAACAAAAUGCUAAAUAAAUGUUUUACACUUUUUAUUAUAAACAUUUUUACAUAUAAGAUUAAGAUAUGUUUAAUAUCUAGAACUGACAUUAUUACAUUUUAGAUUUAAGGCCAAGAUGAUAUAUUUUCUAUAUUAAGUUAUUUUAUAUAAAUAAAACUAUUUCUUGUUCAUAUUUUUCAUAGUGUAUUGUUACAAUUUAUUAAUAAAGUAAUUUUUCUAAUAAAAUUGAACUACGUUUUGAAAAUUAAACAGUAUUGUGAGAUUCCCAAGUUCAUAAUAAAUCCAGUUCCUAUCAACCCCAAAAGUGUUUAAAUUAUGCUUCAGAGCUUAGAAGCAGCAAAGUUAGCUAAGCCACUAUUACGUAGAAUAAUACAUAAUCACCGAAAAAAUUGUACAAAAUUUAAAGAAUCAGCUCAAACACUAAUUGAGAUGGGUUUGCUUUUAUUCACAGACUUAACAACAUUCUCAUGUUGACAACUUAAUAAUUUAAUCUACUUAUCUUUCAAAAUAACAUAUCAUGCUCAGAGUAAAUAAUAAAAAACAGAGAGAAAAGUGUAUGUUAAAAGUGAUGCCAAAAUUUGAUUACUAAAUGCUCUCACAUUGUGUGGCCUCCCUAGCUCACCAGUAACAGUCUCUGUAAAUAGUAAUAUCUUCAGUCUGUGCUUGUUUCCGUCAUGUAUCACACGGUGCCAAUAUCAAAUUCAUC